CUUUUAGGCGGCGGAACAGCUUCACAAAUUUCAGUUAUCUCCCGGCGGCGAGGGAGAAUGCAUUCGCUUCUGCAACCUCUCCCGCCAAAUAUUUCUCUCUCUCUUCCAAGAACCGGAGCUCGGCCGGCACUUCCGGCGCACGGUGGCAAUGGCAGAGCCGUGCUUGGAGUCGCGAAAGCCAGAACGAAGAACGAAGAUGAUUACCAUUCCACUCUCAAAGCUCUCAACUCCGGGGGCCGUUUCCCUCGAAAAUCCCUUGGCCAGCAUUACAUGCUGAAUUCUUCCAUCAACGAGCAGCUUGCAGGCGCGGCCGAUGUGAAGGAAGGUGAUGUGGUUGUGGAGAUUGGACCAGGGACUGGGUCUUUGACUAAUGUUCUCGUGAAUGCCGGUGCCACUGUCCUCGCCAUUGAAAAGGAUCCACACAUGGCUGCAAUUGUGAGAGAACGAUUCGCGGGUACUCACAGAGUGAAGGUUGUGCAAGAAGAUUUCACAAAAUGCCACAUGCGUUCCCAUUUAAUCGAAUUGUUGGGAUGUAAAAAGUCAUUGGACGGAGAAUCACAAUGUGCCAAAGUGGUAUCCAAUAUACCUUUCAACAUAAGUACAGAUGUAGUUAAACUGCUUCUUCCAAUGAGUGACAUUUUCUCAGAAGUUGUUCUCCUGCUCCAGGAAGAAACAGCAGCACGCUGGGUGGAAUUGGGUUUGAGGACAUCUGAAUAUCGACCAAUCAACAUCUUCAUAAAUUUUUAUUCAGAUCCUGAAUACAAAUUUAAGGUCCCCAGGUCGAAUUUCUUUCCUCAACCCAAUGUUGAUGCAGCGGUUGUGGCAUUUAGGCUAAAGCGAGCAGCAGACUAUCCCCAAGUUUCCUCCAUUAAAAGCUUCUUCUCAAUGGUCAAUUCUGCAUUCAAUGGAAAACGGAAGAUGCUGCGCAGAUCACUUCAGCAUAUCUGCCCAGCCCCAGAGAUCGAAGCAGCCCUAACAAAUGCUGGUCUUCCAGUUACAUCAAGACCAGAAGAACUCACAUUGGAGGACUUUGUGAGACUGCACAACUUAAUUGCAAGGCUGUAGCACUCAUAGCAGUGGCACCAGUGCGAAAGGCCUGAGGAAGCAGCAUCGCUGGAGCAGAAGGCCGGCUAGAUUGCAAGGGUGCAGCCUCUUCUCCAAUAUGAUCACAUCAGGCUUCAGUAAACCGAGAACAAUACAGAGCUGCAAAGAUGGGAUUUGAAGAGCACAACAAUUUGGGAGAAACAAUAAUUGGGUAUGAACCACUGUAUUGAUUAACUGCUAGUAGUUAUUCUAAUGGGCAAUGCCAUGAACUUCUGUACAGAAUUCAAUAUAGAAUGAAUUAACAAUCA